AUGGGCACUGUUCAAGAAGCUAUUCACCAUGGCAUAAUUGCCGCCGAUUUUCUUUGGACCACUAAACGAGUUGUCCAGGCUAUCGAGCUGUGGAACGAGUGCUUAACACUACUAAACAACAAAAUCUUAGAAAACGAACAUGAACUUGCCACAAUAGUGCGUAUAGCGCUGAACAAGAGGCUGUUUUAUGGAAAUGCUGCUAUUACGAAACUUUCACCAGCUAUAGAAUCUGGCAAAAAGCUUUUAGUCCUUCUUCGUAAUCUUAGGAGAAAAAAAAAAGAAGGUAACACAGCCUUGAUGUUAUCAAAACUGUACUUUCAAAAAAGUGAAUACCAGGAAGCACAAGCAGUCCUCAAAAUUGCACUCUGCGUUUACAAAGAAAUCGAAGACAAAGUCGGAGAAGCGACAUGCUACGUAAACCUAGGAAAUGUGUUUCAAUCUGUCGGAGAAUAUGCCAAGGCUGAAGAAUAUCUUCAUAAAGCACUUACCAUCGACACAGAAAUUGGCGACAGAAACGGAGAAGCGUCAUGCUACGGAAACCUAGGAAGUGUGUUUCUAUCUGUCGGAGAAUAUGCCAAGGCUGAAGAAUAUCUUCAUAAAGCACUUACCAUCAAGACAGAAAUUGGCGACAGAAACGGAGAAGCGACAUGCUACGGAAACCUAGGAAAUGUGUUUCAAUCUGUCGGAGAAUAUGCCAAGGCUGAAGAAUAUCUUCAUAAAGCACUUACCAUCAAGACAGAAAUUGGCGACAGAAACGGAGAAGCGUCAUGCUACGGAAACCUAGGAAAUGUGUUUCAAUCUGUCGGAGAAUAUGCCAAGGCUGAAGAAUAUCUUCAUAAAGCACUUACCAUCAAGACAGAAAUUGGCGACAGAAACGGAGAAGCGACAUCCUACGUAAACCUAGGAAAUGUGUUUCGAUCUGUCGGAGAAUACGCCAAGGCUGAAGAAUAUCUUCAUAAAGCACUUACCAUCAAGGCAGAAAUUGGCGACAGAAAAGGAGAAGCAACAUGCUACGGAAACCUAGGAAAUGUGUUUAAAUCUGUCGGAGAAUAUGCCAAGGCUGAAGAAUAUCUUCAUAAAGCACUUACCAUCGACACAGAAAUUGGCGACAGAAACGGAGAAGCGUCAUGCUACGUAAACCUAGGAAAUGUGUUUCAAUCUGUCGGAGAAUAUGCCAAGGCUGAAGAAUAUCUUCAUAAAGCACUUACCAUCAAGACAGAAAUUGGCGACAGAAACGGAGAAGCGACAUGCUACGGAAACCUAGGAAAUGUGUUUCAUUCUGUCGGAGAAUAUGCCAAGGCUGAAGAAUAUCUUCAUAAAGCACUUACCAUCAAGACAGAAAUUGGCGACAGAAACGGAGAAGCGUCAUGCUACGUAAACCUAGGAAAUGUGUUUCAAUCUGUCGGAGAAUAUGCCAAGGCUGAAGAAUAUCUUCAUAAAGCACUUACCAUCAAGACAGAAAUUGGCGACAGAAACGGAGAAGCGACAUGCUACGUAAACCUAGGAAAUGUGUUUCAAUCUGUCGGAGAAUAUGCCAAGGCUGAAGAAUAUCUUCAUAAAGCACUUACCAUCAAGACAGAAAUUGGCAACAGAAAUGGAGAAGCGUCAUGCUACGUAAACCUAGGAAAUGUGUUUCGAUCUGUCGGAGAAUAUGCCAAGGCUAAAGAAUAUGUUCAUAAAGCACUUACCAUCAUGACAGAAAUUGGCGACAGAAACGGAGAAGCGUCAUGCUACGUAAACCUAGCAGCUGGGUUUCUAUCUGUCGGAGAAUAUGCCAAGGCUGAAGAAUAUCUUCAUGAAGCACUUACCAUCAAGACAGAAAUUGGCGACAGAAACGGAGAAGCGACAUGCUACGGAAGCCUAGCAGCUGGGUUUCUAUCUGUCGGAGAAUAUGCCAAGGCUGAAGAAUAUCUUCAUAAAGCACUUACCAUCAGGACAGAAAUUGGCGACAGAAACGGAGAAGCGACAUGCUACGUAAACCUAGGAAAUGUGUUUCAAUCUGUCGGAGAAUAUGCCAAGGCUGAAGAAUAUCUUCAUAAAGCACUUACCAUCAAGACAGAAAUUGGCGACAGAAACGGAGAAGCGACAUGCUACGUAAACCUAGGAAUUGUGUUGCAAUCUGUCGGAGAAUAUGCCAAGGCUGAAGAAUAUCUUCAUAAAGCACUUACCAUCAACACAGAAAUUGGCGACAGAAACGGAGAAGCGACAUGCUACGUAAACCUAGGAAUUGUGUUUCAAUCUGUCGGAGAAUAUGCCAAGGCUGAAGAAUAUCUUCAUAAAGCACUUACCAUCAACACAGAAAUUGGCGACAGAAACGGAGAAGCGUCAUGCUACGGAAACCUAGGAAAUGUGUUUCAAUCUGUCGGAGAAUAUGCCAAGGCUGAAGAAUAUCUUCAUAAAGCACUUACCAUCAACACAGAAAUUGGCGACAGAAACGGAGAAGCGUUAUGCUACGGACACCUAGGAGCUCUGUUUGUACAUGUAGGAGAAUAUGGCAACGCUGAAGAAAAUCUUCAUACAGCACUUACCACCAACACAGAAAUUGGCGACAAACACGGAGAAGCGUCUCGCUACCUAAAGCUAGGAAACACAUCUCAAGCCUUAUCGGAUCUCUGGUCAAGCAUUCAAAUUUACGAAAAAAUGCUUACUUCUCUAGGAAGCAAAGAUAGCCACAAUAUAUCAUUUUUUGACAAGAACGCGUCUCCCUAUCGGCUGUUUUGUUCAUUGAGUUGUUUUUGUGGGAAACCCUAUCAAGCUUUACACGCUGCUGAACUUGGACGGGCCAGAGCUCUAGCAGAACUUAUGUCAAAUCGCUACUCCAUUGAAAAAGAAAUAUCCAUCAACCCACAAUCGUUUGUUGGCAUCGCGGAAGUAAUUAAGAAAAUGGCAACAGCACCUGCCUCUACAUCUCCUAUGACUACGAUGACAAUAUAUUUUUGUGGGUUUUGAAACAAAACAAACCGGUAGCUUUCCGAAGAACGAAACUUUGUGAAAGCUAUGUUAGCAAGCAUGGCAAAAUCUCUGUGUAUGACCUGUUUGGAAACGAAAGCUUAUUAAGAAAAUUUCACGUUUUACCUCAAGAGCAAUGCGAAGACCGAUCACUCUUCUCUUCAUUCGCCAACCAACUUACAAACGAAUCAAAUCUGGAAGAUAGUCUCUCAACCUUGCGUCCUCUUUUAGAUGAGGGAGAAGUAUACACGGACCAUGAACCGCCAACACUUUUUCAGGUUUACAACAUGUUGAUUGCUCCCGUGUGA